AACUCCAACCUCCUAGAAAACACGGAAGUUCACUUGGAGCUGUCGGCUGAGAAUAUCAACUGUAAACUGUCGUAUACUGGACGAUCGUGGAAACAUGAGCAGAAUCUACCAUAAUCAACCCCUUGCAAAUCUACCAGUCGAUAGUGUCAGCGUGAAGACAACAUGGGAUUCUGUGCUAGAGUGCACAAAAGAGGGUCCUGGUGUUAUCCUGGAGGGGGUCAUCAAGGGCAAAGCAAGAUACUGCGUCACCGACAAGGACAACAAGAAAGUUAGGUACUACAUCUUUCAGGUACAGACUCAACGAGCUCACAGAAGGAAGUUUGAUAGCUCAGGGAAAGAGAUCGAACCAAAUUUUAGCGAGACGACCAAAAUAUCUAAAGGUUAUCUCAACUCCUCAUACAAAACAGAAGCCAAAGGCUCUACAGACAAGUUGACAGAUCAAGAGUUAUCUGCCCUUGUGUCACAGUCAGAACUGACCUCACUGGGUAAAAAACAUGGGCUCCCAGGCUGUGUGACCUUGUGGGUGGAGGAAGCCAAACUGGACAAGAUGGAGCUGGACACGGACGACUCAGUCAGGGUCAAGACACGCGGGAACAGUCCAUUUGUUUUGAGUAUUGGGAAGGUGGAAAACGAGUCGGCCACUGUGUCGAACUACGCAGGGGGGGAGGCUGUGGGCGCAUCAUGGACAGACAAGAUUAUGACCAUCAAGUCAGCAGCCUCCGAAACCACACCACAGGACAGUGAGAUCGCAGACGAUGAAUGGGAUGAUUAGCAGUCAGCAAGAGGAUGGAACCAGCAGGGGGAGAAGCAUCUAGUCUUCCAUUAUUUCACCUGUACUAGACAGCACACACUGUAGGCCAACAGCACUGUCACAUCUAGUUCUAUGCUGGUCUUAAGAGGCGACCAAAUAGAUCGGGUGGUUGGGCUCCAUGACUUGGUUGAUUGCAUGUCAUCAUACACCGAUGGCGUGAUCGUUGCUCACAAUGUCGAUCACUAGAUUGUCUGGUCCAGACUCGAUUAUUUACAGACCGGCGUCAUUCAGCUGGAAUAUUGCUGAGUUCAGCGUUUUACAACAAACAUAAAUACAAAACAAAGUCAUCUAUUUCUGCCUCACAUUUCAUUGAGGUGGGGUUCAAUACAGAGGAAAUCCCAUGUUAAUAACAGUUGGAAGUAUGAUUGAAGUUCCUGUAAGUGGAGUCAGUAUUAACAGUACCUUUCAAUGUUAAAUAGUGGUGUGAUCACUUGUAUUGCUUACACAUGGGAUAUACUAGUACUUACUUUAAGAAAAUGGGGAAAACCUUUAUGAAUCAUUGUGCAAGUGGGGGGCACGGGUGGGCCAGUCGUCUAAGGCGCCGCAAUUUACUGUGCAGAGUUGCUUCCUUGGGCACGCCAGAAACCUAUGAUUGUGGGUUCGAAUCCAGGUUUGCCCCGAUUAUGUUUCUAGGUUUGUCAGCACCAUACCCGUGCUCGUUGGUUUCACCGAAGUGCUAAAUGCCUGAGACCUGCAUCACUUGUGGCUUUCCUCCCACCUUAAGCUGAAGUGCCGUGAUAUAACUGGAAUACUGUUAAAUGCAACGUUAAACCCAACUCACUCACUCACUCACUGUGCAAGGGUGUUGAUAUGAAGCUUUUGUUCAUGUCUACAUUUGCAUUGGAUGUUAUACAACACUAAAUGCAUAGGUAAGACUAAGAUGUGUCAAAAAGACUAACUUUAGAGGUUUUCAGGAAGCUUUUUUCUGACAUCCUGAACAAAAAAGUUAGCGACCAUGGAUAUUUUUUUUGUGGUGAAUUUCAUAAAAAUAUCUCCAAAAAUAUUCAUGAUUCCUAGUCAAUGACUUAAAAAUAAUUUUUGUACCAGAUGUUUAAAUACUCUUUCUAUCUACGUCUCAAAGAAAAUCAUCUUGGAUGAAAGGCUUUCUCAUGUCCAAAUAUACCUAACUGUUAUUGUUUGGUAUAUUUGGACAUGAGAAAGCCUUUGAUCCAAGAUGAUCUUCUCGGAGACGUAGAUAGAAAGAGUAUUUAAACAUCUGGUACAAAAAUUAUUUUUAGGUCAUUGGCUUGCUGACACUUUCAUUUGAAGUUAAAACAAUUAUCCUAUUUCACUCAUUUUAGCUGUAUGUAGUUAUAUGUAUAUAGAUAUGACUUAAUCUCACCCAAGCUAUAUCUCCUGUUGAGGCAAGUUCUGGGUCAGAACUUUAUUCUAUGACUGUAUAGAUGUAGUUGACAAUAGUUGGAGGCAGAUGAAUCCCUGCGAGAAGGCGCCAUGUGGCUGUCGUGUCAUGUUAACAGAAGUGUCUGUGUGUCGCAGUACUUGAAGCAGCAUAUAGUGAUGUUGUGUUUCAAAUACAACACAUGCAUGUAUGUAAAUUGUACAAUACUUUUUUGACAUGUAGACUAAUGCUUUGUCUCAGAAAAUACAUACAGUAAACUAUGUUAAUAACGAACACGCUUAUGACGAAUCGACGGAAAUAACAAACUUAUGUUUGGCCUUGACCAUUGUCUGUAUAUAUGAUAUGUGUGUAUUUCGAACUACAUGUUUAAUACUCCUCGACAAGCAUUGGAGUUUUAAACAUUUAUCAUCCAAAACAGGACAUAUUGCUUGGAUGAUGAGGGUAGGUUAGUGGUUAAAGCGUUUGCUCAUCGUGUCGCUGACCUGAGUUCGAUUCCCCUUGGGUACAAAGUGUGACGCCCAUUUCGGGUGACCUUCGCUGAAUAUUGCUAGAAUAUUGCUAAAAGCAACGUAAAACCAUACUCACUUGCUCACUGGCUUCGAUGAUAUCCAGAAUCUCUCCUUGGAGGGAAAUUACAAUGAAAUUACAUCAUAAUGCAUUGCAGACAAUUGUGACAUCAUCGGUUACCAUGACAUCACAAUCAAAUGACACCACUAAUCUCUGCUACUGAAGCUGGUUAGCUGUACUUUUUACACUUAAGACACAGCUUAUCACUGAUUACUAAAAACUUGAAGAAUGAUGUUGGUUGAUAAACAGAAUCUCACUCUUGUGGCGUUUGAUAUCAAAUGUAUCAACACUUGUUGAUAAAAGUUUAAGACUCCCAGGCUUGUUUAUACCUCUUGUAGAUAUAUUUAAUGUUAAAGACACUUUGGUGACAUUUAUCAACAAGUUUGGAUUGUACCCCAGUAAACAACUUCAUCUUCCAGUGAUUCACAACACAGCAUUUAUGACUUUUGUGCAAUUAAUAUUUCUCAUAUUCAUCAUUGUUGUGUCUGUAUUUUCAUGUUUAUAAUACUUAUAAGACGACAAACUUGUUUUUUGUCAAUGUUAUGUUAAAAUGUUUAUGUGACAUAUAUUAUAAUGAAUAUCUUGAUGUCAAAAUAAUACAUGUAGCAUGAUAUUAACAUUAAAAAGUACAUGCUUUAUA